AUGGAACGCAAGAAGACGCUUAUAAACUCAAGUGUUUCUAAUAAUAAUAGUGCCAUUAAGGGUCUGCAGUUAUUCAUAGCUGAUCUUCGUUCUUCACAACAAGCACAGGAGCAGGAAAAGAGAAUACAUUCUGAAAUCGUUAAAAUCAAGCAGCAUUUCGAUAUUGCAAAGAAAAAACAAGGCAAUCACGACAGAUUAGGUGGUUAUCAAAGGAAAAAGUAUGUUGCCAAAUUGGCGUACAUUUAUAUCACUUCCAAUACGACAAAGUUGAAUGAAAUUCUAUUCGGGCUAGACCAGACGGUAGAGCUGCUGAAAUCCAACUCGUUUUCCGAGAAAUUCAUUGGUUACAUGACCCUUGAAUUGCUUUAUGAACAUAAUGAAGUUGUAAAAAGAAUUAAUGAUAGGGUUAAUUACCAAUUGAUCAAAGACCUCUCUUCUCCCGAUGAUAAUUUUGUUGCACUGGCUCUAAAUUUUGUCGGUGUAGUAGGGAAGGUCACGAACCGCUUGGCGUACAACGAUGACAUCACAACGGGUGUAUUCAAAAUAUUAAGAUCCCCAACUUCCUCCCUUUACGUAAAGAAAAAAUCCGCUUUAUCAUUUCUAGCACUAUUAAAAAGCAACCAUUCCAUAUUAACCGAGGAUUUACAGCGUAAACAAUUAUGGAUACAAAGAAUAUUGAGUUUACUGGAUGAUACAGAAAACUAUAGACUAACUUUGGCCACUGUCCCGCUAAUCGAAUUUAUUGCAAAAUACAUUGAUCCUAGUUAUUGUACAAGACUAUUACCUCAAUUGACUGAGAUUUUGUACAACUGUGUGGUUGUUGGUACCUCCAAUUCUAAUGACAAUCAGUUCCCGCUGGAAUACAAGUUUGCGAAUAUGCCUAACCCUUGGUUGAUAACUAAGGUGGUAUCUUUGUUAAGCAUUUUAAUUGCUUCUCCAACGGAAAGAGAUUUUGGUGCGUUAUUACAAACCAAUAAUAUAGAUGACGAAAUUCUAAAUAAGCUUCGAAAAUGUGUCUCUGUUGCCAUCGAAUUAGGCACUAGACAAGGUCAAGAUCCAAUGGAACGUAUUGUCCAAAACACAGUGUUGUUUUCAUUGAUAAAUUUUGCCUCUAAGUUAGAACCAUCGGAUGAGGCCAUCGGGAAUUCAGUGUCAGCAUUAUGCUCCCUGCUGGCAUCGAAAGAGAUCAAUAUUCGGUAUUUAACAUUGGACUCAUUGGUUAAACUAUGCUCUUCAAGCGGUAAGCCAGCAAUCGAUGCAGUUCGUUAUAAAAAUCUGGAUAUGAUUUUCCACCUAUUGAACACUGAAAGAGAUUCGUCUAUUGUUAGAAAAGUCGUCGACUUGCUAUAUACCUUCACCGAUGCGGAAAAUGUCAAAAUUAUUGUUGAUGGAUUGUUGCAGUAUAUUUUAUCUCCAAAAAAUCUUGCUGAACCACAAAUAAAAUCCGAUAUUGCUGUUAAGAUUGCCAUCCUAACCGAAAAAUAUGCUACUGACAUUAAUUGGUUUGUAAUUAUUUCGUUGAAAUUGUUAUCGUUAACAUCGAAUACCACUAUUAAUGAUGACGAGAUCUGGCAACGGUUAUGUCAAAUCGUAGUCAACAAUCCAUCUUUGCACAAGUUGACAUGCGAGCAACUUGUGGAUUAUUUAUGUAAAAAGCAAGCAUCAGAAGCUAUCAUCAAAGCCGCAGCAUUCCUGUUGGGUGAAUAUUCCAGCCUCAUUAUUGAUAGGAUUUCGGGUGUAAAUUUAUUUAGUUUGUUUGCUGAAAAGUAUUUUAGCGUGCCAAACGUAGCUAAAGCAAUGAUAUUAACCACAAUGAUCAAGUUGUACAAAACCUCUCCCGAAAUAGGCUCUAAUGUUAUAAAAUUUUUCCAGUUAGAGUUGAAUUCUCUAGAUAUUGAACUGCAAACAAGAUCUUUCGAAUACCUUAAUAUUAUACAACUGGCUAAAGUAAGCGGGAAUGCCAACAUGUUACAAAUCCUGUUUGAGCCAAUGCCACCAUUCAAUAGCAAAUCAAACCCAUUAUUGAAGAGAUUGGGAACACUACCUACAUCAGCAGGAAGUGCGACUUUGAUAAACACUUCUUCUGCAGCCUCUUCUUCAACUCCUGAUUUAGUACCCAAGAGAGCAAGCUCAACUCAAUCGAUCGGGGUUCCAAUGCCUCCCCCAUCACGUAGAAACACAGUCAUCGAUGGUAAUUCUAAAAUUGAUUUAUCUGAAGACUCAUCAGGGAGGGACUCUUAUUACUCAAGACAGAUCUUGGCCCCAAAUUGGAGAGAGGGCUUUACGAGAAUGAUUUCACAUAAACAGGGUGUGCUCUAUACAUCCUCUUUAAUCAAGGUUUUCUAUCGAAUCACAACGCCCGAUCCACAGGAACCAUAUGCGUUUCAAGUAUCUCUUGCCUACAUUAACUUGACUGAAUGGGAAAUCACAGGACUAUCCACUCAAGUUAUAGCUUCAAAGACACAAGAUAAUCCCGAGUAUGUGAUCAUGAACGUCAACGUGCCCUCGGCUGCUACGAUCAAGCCCCAUAAAAGGGUGGAACAAAGUUACGAAGUUUCCGUAAGGAAAUCGUUUGACGUGGAAGACAGUCCAAUUUUGGCAAUUCAUUUUAAGUGUGGUGGUAGUACGAAUACUAUCAAUCUGAAAACAGCUAUCGGUGUGACCACAACAUUAGUUAGUAGCGAAAUAAACCCAAGUAUGCACUUGACCUUAGCACAAUUCAUUGGCCGUUGGAGAACAUUGAGCGACGCUCUCGGAAAAGACGGAGAAUACCAAAUAUAUGGCAUAAAGCUUAACAAGGACUUCAAGAAAGUUGAAACUAUCGACUUAGAAGAUGGACUAGUAUUAUUAAGGCAAAUAUUGAAACGGUUGGGUUUUGAUAUAGUUGAACAAACUAGUGUUCAUAGCACACUAUUUGUCUCAGGUAUUAUCCAUACAAAGAGCGAGGGGAACUUUGGUUGCCUAAUGAAAAUACAAUACCAAGAAAAUGGUUUGGCAAAUGUUACCUGUAAGACAACGACAGCUGGUCCCCUCGCCAAGUACAUUGUGGAGUGUAUCAGGGAUGUACUAACGAAGUGA